UGACAGUAGUGCGCAGAGGAACAUUAAUCAAUCAUGAAGCAACUGUUGCUGGUAUGUGCGGUGGCCGCCAUCGCCUCACAGUCGCUUGCUACUAGCUUCGACGAUUACAACCCGGCGGAGUACAGUGUAAAAAGCCUGCACAGCCCAAUUAGCGAAUUUCCUUUGGUUACCUCCGAGAAAUCUGAUCCAUUCAUGGGCGUCUCCUCCUACAAAGUGUUUGACGGCACCGAUCUUACCCGCGACGAGCUGAUGGCCAUCAUCGGCAGCGGUUUCGGCCCGCUCAUGAAGAUUUCUCUGAACCCAAAGCACACUUCCGGAAUGCAGGAGUACAAGGACGUGAGCAUGGCCAUGGUAGAGGCCUCCCGUCAAGUUCUGGAGUCUCGCGUCGAGCAUGGAUUGAAUGUGGACCCACAACGCUUCGUUAAUCUUGACAACGUGGAGAGGCGACUGCCCGCCGUGCUCGACGCCAUGGCCGAUGUCUUCGACGGAAAGACAAACCCGAGCUACUCUCUGACAAACCUCUUCAAGGUGUAUGACUUCGAGCCAGCAGACCGGUCCAGGUUCAGGCAGAGGGUGCUCAUGACCAUCAGCAGAGUGGCUUUCCAAGCUAACGAUUCUUCCAUAACAGCCAAUCUGAAGGACGCCUCCAACGUUUUCCUCGAUGCCCUUAGAAAGUACUUGGAGGACCGCGUGGAGAGCGGCAGAGAGGUGACUCAAGACCAAUACCAGCGUCUGGAGAGAGCCGAGAAGCUGAUGCCAUCCCUCAUGCUGGCCUUGCAGGGCAUCGCUAAUGACCCGCAGGUCGUUGAAUUCUUGAAGGCGCUUCACCUUGACGCCACAGAGGAGGCCAGACAGCUUGUCCUUUGCUUCUUCGCUUCCAUGGAGGCGCUGUUCAUGGAUCCCAACGCCACUCUCGGGACAAUCAUGCGUGACGUGGUGCUGGCAUACAUCCCUUCAGCCCGCCAGGUGUUCGAGGACCGCAUCGCGAUGGGCCUGCCCGUCUCGCAGGAUGACAUCGAUAAGAUGGAGCACAUGGAGCAGGUGCUUCCCAUCAUGCUCACCUCGUACAUUGAGAUAGUAGACGACAUGGGUAUCUACUAGACCACUUCUCCACACAAACACGGUAUCCUUAUAUUCUUGCCUUUGUGAGCUGUCAAUCUUCCUAUUUCUAUGUAUUUAUCAUUCAUAUCUAACAUUUUUCUUUUAUUCUAAAUUCUUACUCUUUUCAGGAAAGAAAAUGUAUAGUUUUCUUUCAGAACAAAUAUUUGCUUCUAGGUAAGCGUUUCAAGAAAUAGAGAUUGUCUUCUAACGAAGGAAAAGAAAUAAACAUUAACAAAAUUUUGUAGAGAUUUCAAAUAAAUGUUCAAAAGCAUCAUUCA